UUUCGUUUAUAAGUGAAUAGAAAAGAAAUCAGAUCAGAGUAGAAGUAGCUGCAUAAGAUCAAUCGAGUGAAAGAAGGAAGAAGAAGAAGAAGAAGAAAGAUGGGAGUUGAGAAGCAAAUCGUUCGACCUGGAAACGGUCCUAAGCCAACUCCUGGUCAAAACGUUACUGUCCACUGCACCGGAUACGGGAAAAACCGUGACCUUUCUCAGAAGUUCUGGAGUACAAAAGAUCCUGGCCAGAAUCCAUUCACUUUCAAAAUCGGCAAAGGUUCUGUCAUCAAAGGAUGGGAUGAAGGUGUCAUUGGCAUGCAAAUCGGAGAAGUUGCUCGUCUUCGGUGCUCUCCUGAUUAUGCUUAUGGUGCUAGUGGCUUUCCUGCUUGGGGAAUACAACCCAACUCUGUCUUGGAGUUUGAGAUUGAGGUCUUGAGUGCAGAAUGAAAACCUCUUUAGUUUGUCAUUCGGUAAAUUAUUAUUAUGAGUUGAGUAUCCUACAUUUCUGUGGACAUGUAUAAUGCUACCCCUGCACUUUGAGUGAUAUCUGCAGUGGUUGAUAUGUUGAACUUGAAUACUUAAUAAAAUUCCACUGAUCUCAAACUCUCCAAUAUUAAUAUUUUGUAGUGUUUACUAUAUAUCUUCCCUGUUUCUUUAUCAA